UAGGCCAUAUUUGUCAGUGGGUUCGCUGGUUCCGCAGAGUGUUGUGCACUUUUUAGUCAGUUCUGACCUGUAAAUACUCCCUCAGACAAAUAGCAAAAUGGCUGGAGAACUUAGCGUAACAAAUCCCGUCUACGGACCAUUCUUUGGAGUUAUGGGGGCAGCGUCAGCUAUUAUUUUCAGUUCGCUGGGUGCCGCCUAUGGAACGGCAAAAUCCGGCACAGGUAUUGCCGCCAUGUCCGUGAUGAGGCCCGAACUGAUCAUGAAGUCCAUCAUUCCCGUUGUCAUGGCUGGUAUCAUCGCCAUUUACGGUCUGGUCAUAGCCGUACUGAUCGCCGGAAGUCUUAAAGGACCCAGUGACUAUUCCCUGUACAACGGAUUCGUGCAUUUGGGAGCUGGUCUCGCUGUAGGAUUCUCAGGAUUGGCGGCCGGCUUCGCAAUCGGCAUCGUGGGAGAUGCGGGCGUGAGAGGUACAGCACAACAGCCCCGUCUCUUCGUCGGUAUGAUCCUGAUCCUCAUUUUCGCCGAAGUAUUGGGUCUAUACGGUCUGAUCGUGGCCAUCUACCUCUACACUAAGAAUUAAGUUCAUCCCCCAAAUCCCCCCGCGCUCCCGCCCCGUUUUACGUCCGUGUUUGAGCGGAUCAACAAACUCCCCCCGAUCAUUUUGUUUUAAUGUUUAAAUGUAAAAAAUGAUUGUAAAAAAUUGUAAGCCAUAGUGAAAGUGACUGGUGGAAAAUGUGGUGUAAAUAUUUAAUUAUGAUGGGACUUGUAUUCUGCUCAAUACGGGUGCUAUCAUUGUAAAUAAUUUUAGCAGGUUUUAACGCAUGCCGUCAUUUUCAUGAAGGAUUACUUCUUAAUAAAUUAAUUGUAUAGUUAUUUGUAGUUCAUAGGUUACUUUAUUUCAUCUACCUAUUAUCAGGCUGUAUUUAAGCCCAAAAAUAUUUAAUAAAGUUACAAACAGUAGCACAAUUAUCUUUAAUUUCACAAAAUUUUUAUUAUGUCUAUUUUAAUCAUCCACAGCUGUUAGUAAUUAAGGUUUUAUUUUGUAAUUUCCGAAUUUAUUCAUUCGACAUAUCACUACAGAAUAAUUUAAUUUUUAUGUUCCCAUUGUCAUAUGUUACAGUUAAUGUUGCUCACGUCAUUCACUAUUGUGUAUGUGUUAGUCGCAAGAAACAAACAAACUAAAACAUUGUGCUAUGUUCUUAAACAUAAUGUAACCCUUCCAUAUAAAUUAUCCCCCGACAAUGAUUUCUCGUUAAUAUAAGUUGAGAAAAAUCAAGUCGCAUUGUUGUAAAUAUGACAACAUAUAUGUAUUGAUGGUUUGGUGUCAACAGUUCUACGUGUUAGCCUUCUCUGUAGUCUAGCUUUGAUAGAGAACUCCGCUGCAGGCCAAACUGUCUAUAACCCCUGUCUAUAUGUAAGGCUCUGAUAUCUGCAGCUGAGUUCUAAAUACGUAUCAUAAGAAUGUUAUAGUAUUCCUCCUUUUUAUUUGAAUUAGACAUAAUUUAACAAUCAUGUAUGCAGCACACUUAAGGCUUGUACCGGGAGUUGCGUCUGUCGAUGUCUGUUCCGAUUUCGACUUAGCGUCUUUCCUUGACUGCCUGUUAAACUGUUAACACGUUCACGUGUGCCCGACGAUUCAAUUCAUUCAUUUGCGAUGUAACUAUUGCGAACAGGUGCAACUCCCCAAUUGUUGUAGAGUAUUAUUACAUAUUGUAGAAAGGUUCUGUUGUAAGAGGGAACAGCAAAAUUCUGUUAAAAUAAAUAAUUUGUACAUUCCAUUACAAUUUCUGUUUUAUCAA